AAGGAAGGAAUAUAAUUCAUGGAAUCUACUUUGGAUACUAGAAGAACAACUUGAUAAUAUUCAGAAUAUAGAAUUGAUAAUUAGUGAAUAUAAAGAAUUAUUAUUUAAUAAACUUAGUAUUACUCAAAAAAAUAUUGAUACUAUUCAGAGUAUAUUAUCAGAAAUGAUGAGAUAUUAUAAAACUAAAAAAGAAAAAAGAAAUUUUUUAGAAUUAACAGUUGAAGUAUUAGUAAAUGGAAAUAUUGAUGUUGAUGAUAUAGAAGAUAUAUCUAUUAAAAAUAUGUAUAAAUCAUUUGAGUUUUAUUUUUAA